AUGUUUGUUUCUCGAAUUCUUUGGUUUUUCGCAAUUUUCAGCAUUAUUUUUGCUGAAAAUGAAAAUGAGAGUUCAUCUGAAUCGGCAGAAGAAAUUGAAGAAGUUAUUCCGGUUUUUGUCGAUUUUGAGAAUCUUGAAAUUGCGGGAGCUCAAAAAUUGGGGAAUUCUCAGAAAAUUGAUGUUCUCCGAGUUUUGAAAGAUUUUCCCAGAAUUUUUAAUAGCACUGCGGAGAAUUUGAAAAUUCUGGUCCCUGAAAUGUUUGCUGAAAAUUCGACAAUGUUUUGUUCUGGACUUCAAGUUACCCCAAGAAGUUUGUCAUUAAAAGUUUGAUAUAUUCCCCAAAAAAAUAAUAUUUUGCAGAAUAUAUCGAAUUAUAUUUGAAGCAUAAAUCUCGCCUCAAUGAUUUUUCAAUUCAAAAUGUCGGAAUUCACAUUUAUCCAGAUGGUACUGUCAAAUGUUCAGGAUUUUACAUUUGGAAUCAAAUUGCGCUUCGAAAAUUCAUAAUUACUUUUGUUGAAGAAAAUGGACAUCAGAAAAUCGAUUUUGCAAUCAUUGUUGGAUGCUAA